AUGAAAGAUUCCAAUCACGAUGUCCAUCCAGUGUUCUUUUGCGUCAUAGUGAAAGGUCAGUGCUCAGUUCAUCUUAUUUUUACUGCUAAUUUCUUGUCAUCUUUCUCGCGUCAUAAGUGUUCUUUAGUUCAGGUUUUAUCUAUCUAUCUAUCUAUCUAUCUAUCUAUCUGUCUGUCUGUCUGUUGUGACCCAGAAAAGGUUUUAUCUAUCUAUCUAUCUAUCUAUCUAUCUAUCUAUCUAUCUAUCUAUCUAUCUAUCUAUCUGUCUGUUUUUCUCUUUUACUUCGAUUUUCCGGCAUUUAGCUAUAUUAUUUUCUCUUCAUUUCUUUUUGUUUUUCGUUUUCCCUCUCUUUUCUCUUUCAGUUUCUCUGAGUUUCUCUUUCACUUUCAUUUUACGUUUUUCUUUCUUUUUUUUUUUUUUUGGUUCUCUCUCCUUUUCAUUUUUCUAUCACUCCAUCUUUUACGUUUUUUUUUUCUUUCUUUCUCUCUCAUUCUUAUAAAGAUUUCUUUUCGGAUUCAAUUUCUUUGCUUUCAAUUUUCAUUCAUUUCCAAUCAUUUUUGUGUUCAAUAUCUCUUUCAUUUUUCAUUUCCUCUUUUUUUAUGUUUCGUCUUUAUCGCUUACACAUUCUGUUUCUAUUUCUUCUCUCAUUUAGUUUCGUUUUAUUCUCUUUUAGUUUCUCAUCCCUUUCUGCUUCAUUUUCUAUCUCAGCUUAACAUUCAUUUUUCACCUUCUCUUCUUUUUCUAUAUCCCUUUCUCUCUCUUUUUUAUUUCCUUUUUUUCAGUCUCGUUAUCUUCUUCGAUUUCCCUUUCUUUUUAUUUUCUAUUUCUUGUUUCUCACUUUCUCCUCCUCUUCUUUUUCUAUUUCCAUUUCUCUUUAUUUUCCACUUCCUUUUUCUCACUUUCUCCUUCUCUUCUUUUUUAUUGCCCUUUCUCUUUAUUUUCUACUUCUUUUUUUUCACUUUCUCCUUCUCUUCUUCUUCUAUUUCCUUGUCUCUUUAUUUUCUACUUCCUUUUUUUCUCUUUCUCGUUCUUUACGUUUAUUUUAUCUUUUCUUUUCUCUUUCAUUUUGUUCACUUUCUCUCUUUUACGCUUCCCCUUGUCUUUUUUUUAAAAUUCUCUUUCUUUUCUAUUUCAUUUUCUCUUGCUUUUAUUUUUUUCUAUUUUCACUUUCAAUUUCACUACGUCUUCAGUUUCCGUUUAUCCUUUAUUUUAUUUUUACUUUCACUUUCAAUUUCACUACGUCUUCAGUUUCCGUUUAUCCUUUAUUUUCUUUUUACUUUCACUUUCAAUUUCACUACGUCUUCAGUUUCCUUUCCGUUUCUCCUUUAUUUUCUUUUUACUUUCACUUUCAAUUUUACUACGUCUUUAGUUUCCGUUUCUCCUUUAUUUUCUUUUUACUUUCUAUCACGUUCCCUUCCUGUUCUUGUCCAUCGCCUUCCUUUUCUUUUUCUUUCUGUCUUAUUCUAUAUGUUCUCUCAUUUUUUCUUCUUCUUUCACUUUAUCUUAUUUCAAGUAUUUCCUCUUAUCUUAUUUUUCUUCUCCUCUAUUUUGCAUCAUCACUCUCUCCCAUCGGGACGCCAUAUAUUACACUCCAAAAUGUUUCUUCAAACAAGAUAA